UCCAUUGUCGAUAGAUUGAUUUUGAGGCACAUCAUGUUUAAGUAACCGUAGUUGUUGGGUUAUACAGGACACAUUCUCUAAAACAGGAAACCGAAGUACCUUCUGUCAGUAAAUUCGUAUUUGCCGGGAACACAAUGACGACACAUGUUUACACAAGUAAUGUCUACAACGCUCAGAGUCAACCCGCACCCCCGGGUUACUACAGUCAACCCGCAGGCCCGGGCUACUACAGUCAACCCGCCCCUCAACCCAUUGGCCAGUAUCCCUACACUCAGGCACCGAACCCUCACGUCCAAAACAUGUUCCAGGCUCAGCAGAACACAACUGUGGCAGUGAUAUCAGCAGGAAAUGCUCGAACCGGAAACUGUCCCCAUUGUGGGCAAGGCAUCCUAAUAAAAAGGUACUCCACAUGUGGGAUUUUACUGGCAAUAUUGCUGUUCCCAGUUGGGGUCCUCUUCUGCCUUUGUAUGGAGGAGAAACGAUGCACGCAUUGUAAUUGCAGCUUCUAAGAUCGUUAGACGUGACAUACCCCACGUUUGAUUUGUGAGAUAUGAUUUACAAGAUGGACACGUAAUGUUAUGUAUGGUAUUUAAAACGAAUGGAAUCUAAAAUGUAUCAAAAGUGUACUAGGCUUAGCUCCUUAAACGCAAAUAACAAAUACUGGUUACAUUCCUGUUAAAGCAAUUUGUUUACCUAUCAAAUCACCGUAGAUACACUAUGCAUUUGAGCAAUACAUAUUAUAUUGAUGAUUUGAUAAUUUGCAGUACAAAUUGCAUUCAAAUAAGUAAAAAGGUGUUUAUUAAUUACAUAUAAAUCGUGAGUUUGCGUAUUUGCUUAGUACAUACUAUAGUAAAUGCUUAUUAGUAAAAUAUUUUAUAACUGUUCAUGACGUUCCUUAUUAUUGUUUUUGUAUUUGUUUUUGUGAACGUAGUGGUGUUAGAACUGAUUACAUUUGAU